AUGGAUUGCCAAAAGCUAAUGCUCACCACCUUCAUCUUGAUGUUCUUUUGGUUUACUGGUUCAAUUAAGAACACGGUUUCGCAGCCUUCUUCGGCUGACUGUCCUCUAGACUUGAGGUACUUCACAAGGCCACAAAACUUCACAUGUGAAGAAGGGACGUGGAACGAUUUUCUGCACGAUAAAUGCUGUAAAGGACCGUUUAAUAUGUACCUCGAUGCACUGGCUCUGCGUGCGAAUCAGACCUUACAGAUAUACUUGAAUUCAACUGAACAAACGAGUUGCUUGAUGCAGAUGAAGGAUAAUAUAACGGAUGUAUUUAGUUGUGGAAUCGAUAAGCUAACGAAUGGUAUAAAUGGCUGCUCGGAUUUCUCGGUUCAAGAUGUGCUUACGGAGCUCCAUGCUGAAUUUGAAGGUUUAUUGGCGGGCUGCGGUUUAUUAGGCCACGAAGGAGAUGGUGAUGGUUGGCGUCGAGCAUGUGGAAAUUGUGUACAGAGUUGGAAAGAGAUUAAAGGGAUAACAUCUAGAGAUGGUGAUGCUGAUUUAUGCAGGUUUGCGGUGUUGACUUCAUUGACCGGUAGUAGAAUCGAUGACUUCGUUUGGAUGCAGAACAUCCACAAAUGCCUCGGAGAGCAGGUUAUGGACAAGGACUCCGAUCUAAUUGGACUGCUAUCAGGGAUCUCGGCAAUGGUAGUUGUUUGUGUUUAUAUCAUAGCAAGACGACGGUAUAGAUCACAUGUAAUAGCAAAUGAAGAUGGCAUGAAACGUGAUCUACCAAAGAAGUCUCAAUAUCUUGAAGUUCCAGUGAAGGAGAUCCAUUAUGCCACAAAUAACUUGGACCAAUUAAACUACAUUGGUGAAGGAACAGCAGGAAAGGUGUAUAGGGGGAUAUUGUCGAAUAAACAGCAUGUGGCUGUCAAGCAUAUCAUCAAUGACGGGUUUGUAGAAACUUUUCUAAGGGAAGUUAGGAAUCUUGCCCUUGUUAGACAUCCGAAUCUUGUGGCAUUGCUAGGGUAUUGUGAUAAUGGUGAUGAAUGCUUCCUCAUUUAUGAACUAUGUACCAAUGGGAAUCUCUCGGAGUGGCUUUUUGGAAAGAAUAAAGUGUUGUCAUGGAUUCAAAGGCUUGAGAUUGCAAUUGAUUGUGCUCGAGGACUUUGGUUUCUCCACACAUAUUCAGAGGGUUGUAUUGUUCAUCGUGAUAUUAAGCCAACAAACAUACUCUUAGGGCCAAACUUUGAGGCCAAGCUUUCUGAUUUUGGAUUGUCCAAGGUUAUUGACAUUGGCGAAACACAUGUGAGCUCAGAGGUCAGAGGAACAUUUGGUUAUGUUGAUCCAGAGUACCAAAGUGACCGUCAAGUCAAUUCAGCAGGUGAUGUCUACAGUUUCGGAAUAGUGCUUCUACAAAUUCUCUCGGGAAGAAAAGUUAUAAACAUGAAUGCAAGCAACCCCAUGCCACUGGGGAGGACGGCAAAGUCGCUCACCAAGGGUGGCAGCAUAGUAGGAUUCGCCGAUCCAAAGCUUGAAAGUGAAUACUCUGCAGACGCCUUUGAACUUACAUUUAAGCUAGCUCUGUCGUGCACAGGACACAAGCAAGAAAGACCGUCCAUGGAAAAGACGGUUGAACAAUUGGAGAAGUCCCAUGAAAUAUCAGUCAGCCAGAUGACUUCAUACCUUCAUAAGACAUGAGAUUGGUCAUCAUUCAUCAACA